AUGGGUAUGGUCGCCAUUCGCCAGCCUUUCUCGCCCAAUAUCCGCAGUCCGACCUUGAGCGAAGCCGAAGAUGAGCUCGAGGCACAACUCACUGCCUUCUCCGACGACAAUGCUUUUAUCUGGGACGAUGCAUGGAACGAUAUCAUGACACAACAACGAUCACCACUAAGCCCGGUAGGCCUAGCGCGAGCCGACUCCGUAACUUACGACAUUUCUCCUUGGGUUCCUCCCCCUCAAGUGCCCAGAAAGUCUAGUAGACGGACAACGAUCGUGGACUACGAUGGCUCUUUCCGUUUGUCCAAAGUGCAUGAAGACCAUAUUGUAUCGCAGCUUAAACGUUCUCGCAGCAAAGCAAAGGACCUCAGUAUAAAGAUUCCAGAGUCAAGACGCAUGACGACCGAUACCUUCAUUCUUUCGCCGAUCCCGAUACCACCCAAGGACAUCAAAAGAACCAUUACGCCCGAGGUGGCCGAAGGUGUCAUCUUCAGCAUCUUGCGCAACCUCGAAAGCCUCGACGAUCUCUUUGCAUGUUCCAUCAUCAACCGCGGCUUCUACCGCGUAUUCAAGCGUCACGAGCUCGAGCUCAUGAAGGCUGCCCUGCGAAAGAUGUCGCCGCCUGCGUGGGAACACCGCGAGAUCUGUUACCCAGGCCAUGAUCAACUUAAUGAAGAAGAAUUGGAUCGCCCGAGGCAGGAAUACACCCCAACCUCGUUCAUCCAGUACUACACUCGCGACAUGUACAUCAUUGCAGCUAUCAAGUCGUUGAUCAAAGACAAAUGCCAGUCCUUCAUGCGACCAGAGAUAUCCGCGGCCAUCGUUAGUGAGAACCCGUAUCGUUCAGCACGUGUUGAUGAUGCACUCUGGCGCAUCUGGACCUUCUGCAAGAUCUUUGGUUCCGGAAGAGGACGCGAAGAAGAUAUCGUGGCACAGAUGGACUGGCUUAAAGGUGGCCUAAUGGUCCAUCAGAAGACCGCUACGCACAGUGCUCUCUUCGCCGACGACUUCAACGAGACUUUGGCAAGUGCCCCGGAAUGCUUUGCCAGGGGCAAUGAAGGUGGUCUGUCCGCGGAGCAACUUUUCGACAUGAUGGAGCUGUGGAACUGCCUAGGUGUUUUAUUGCAACCGAUGGAAGGCCGCACCAUCCAGGCUAGAGAAUAUGGCAUAUACGAAAAUACCAAUGUUCGCGGCGGUGACAUUGAUGGUGAAGAGUUGAUGCUUGACGAAUGGUACUACUACCUUCUCACGCUGGGUCUCUCCACCAUUCUCGAGCUCACUGCCCCAUGCACCAAAGCCGAUGCUUCAGUCUUCAUCCUUGCUUCUCAGAACGGAUGGGCGAACUGGAACCCUCCUAUGUUCGGUGCUACGCGCCGUAACUUCCUCAAAGAAGCCGCAUCGCGGGUGUACGAAGACAAGAUCGCCUGCACCUAUGCCGAAAACUCCAACAAGGACGUUCAGCGUGCGCUGUCUAAGCAGCGUAUCCAGAAGCAUAUCUCUGAACUCCGUCACAGGAAGAACAGUGGCGAAAGACUGAACGUUGUUCUCAUGAGCCAGGAGCGACCGAUCAGUGAGUGGGAAGGUGUUAUCAACAACCUGACGAGGCCACUCCCAAUUCCCACGUCGGGCAACAAUCUAGUCUCUCACAUCCCUUCUCUGCAUUCCGCAACUUUGUCCAUCUCAGUUCCGGAGCUUCCGACGGCCCGCACGCCUUCGCCACUUCCGCGCCCUCAAUCUCCCCCACGCCGCAUCGUGGCGCAACCACUUCUCCCUACCCCGCCACCUUCAACUGUUCCUAGCACUAGAGACCGAAGCAGCGUUGCGCUUAGCGACACGCACCCUGCAUUCAGGCAGUCGCGAUCUGGGAAUAUCCCAGAGAUGCCACGUCUGGACGAGCACCCUGCAUUUGUCAACCACAUGCGACGAGUGAGCACUAAAUCUGAUCACGAAUCGAAUCCCAUCUCGGCGCCAGCAUCAAGUACAACCAAUAGCCAGACCCAUAGCCAGCGGAGCAGUCCUUCCUUAGAUAGCCACUCGGCCUUCCAACAACAUCCUGUUCAACGCAUGGUCCAAGAUCUCGGACCUGUUGAAAACACCGUCGACCGCGCAGUCUACCGCAUCGUGGAGAUGGGCUUCACACCCGAGCAGGCGAGACAAGCGCUCAGACGUACCGAUUUAGGCGACGGCCUGAGAGUUGAUCGAGCGGUCGAGCUGCUGCUCCGGGAUAUGUGA